UGGUUCUGAUUUCAUAUGUUCACAGUUUUCCGAAAAACAUUUCACACUUAGUUUGGUUUUACUAUUACAAACAAAGAAAUGGAAUUAUCUUGGGAAACAAAAUCAGCCAUAAUUCUCAUCACUGUGACAUUUGGUUUGGUAUACGCAUGGAGGGUAUUGAAUUGGAUGUGGCUGAAGCCAAAGAAGAUAGAGAAGCUUUUAAGAGAACAAGGCCUUCAAGGGAACCCUUAUAGACUUUUGCUUGGAGAUGCAAAGGAUUAUUUUGUGAUGCAAAAGAAAGUUCAAUCCAAACCCAUGAAUCUAUCUGAUGAUAUUGCGCCACGUGUCGCUCCUUACAUUCAUCAUGCUGUUCAAACUCAUGGGAAAAAGUCUUUUAUUUGGUUUGGAAUGAAACCAUGGGUGAUUCUCAAUGAACCUGAACAAAUAAGAGAAGUAUUCAACAAGAUGUCUGAGUUCCCAAAGGUUCAAUAUAAGUUUAUGAAGUUAAUAACUCGCGGUCUUGUUAAACUAGAAGGAGAAAAGUGGAGCAAGCAUAGAAGAAUAAUCAACCCUGCGUUUCACAUGGAAAAAUUGAAGAUUAUGACACCAACAUUCUUGAAAAGCUGCAAUGAUUUGAUUAGCAAUUGGGAAAAAAUGUUGUCUUCAAAUGGAUCAUGUGAAAUGGACGUAUGGCCUUCCCUUCAGAGCUUGACAAGUGAUGUUAUCGCUCGUUCGUCAUUUGGAAGUAGUUAUGAAGAAGGAAGAAAAGUAUUUCAACUUCAAAUAGAGCAAGGUGAACUUAUAAUGAAAAAUCUAAUGAAAUCUUUAAUCCCUUUAUGGAGGUUUUUACCUACCGCUGAUCAUAGAAAGAUAAAUGAAAAUGAAAAACAAAUAGAAACUACUCUUAAGAAUAUAAUUAACAAGAGGGAAAAAGCAAUUAAGGCAGGUGAAGCCACUGAGAAUGACUUAUUAGGUCUCCUCCUAGAGUCGAACCACAGAGAAAUUAAAGAACAUGGAAACGUCAAGAAUAUGGGAUUGAGUCUUGAAGAAGUAGUCGGGGAAUGCAGGUUAUUCCAUGUUGCAGGGCAAGAGACUACUUCAGAUUUGCUUGUUUGGACGAUGGUGUUGUUGAGUAGGUACCCUGAUUGGCAAGAACGUGCAAGGAAGGAAGUAUUAGAGAUAUUUGGCAAUGAAAAACCCGACUUUGAUGGACUAAAUAAACUUAAGAUUAUGGCCAUGAUUUUGUAUGAGGUUUUGAGGUUGUACCCUCCUGUAACCGGCGUUGCUCGAAAAGUUGAGAAUGAUAUAAAACUUGGAGACUUGACAUUAUAUGCUGGAAUGGAGGUUUACAUGCCAAUUGUUUUGAUUCACCAUGAUUGUGAACUAUGGGGUGAUGAUGCUAAGAUUUUCAAUCCUGAGAGAUUUUCUGGUGGAAUUUCCAAAGCAACAAACGGUAGAUUUUCAUAUUUUCCGUUUGGAGCGGGUCCUAGAAUCUGCAUUGGACAAAACUUUUCCCUGUUGGAAGCAAAGAUGGCAAUGGCAUUGAUUUUAAAGAAUUUUUCAUUUGAACUUUCUCAAACAUAUGCUCAUGCUCCAUCUGUGGUGCUUUCUGUUCAGCCACAACAUGGUGCUCAUGUUAUUCUACGCAAAAUCAAAACAUAAAAACAACAUCAGAGAAGAAACGUAUGUCAUCUAGAUUUAUCUAAAUUUCAUUAUUCAUAAUGUAUGUUUUUAAUUUAAAUUUGAAAAAUUAUUGUAAGACCCUUACUUUAGAAAUAGCUAGUCCAACGGGUUUGGACGUUGGACUAGUUUUAAGAACAGCUUAUUUCCUCAUGUGUGAUCUCUGCUAGCAUGAAUAAAAUAAUAUCACGGCCAA